AUGGCGCAACCCGCAGCGCUGAAAAUUCUCGCGGUCGGCUCGCCGCUCUCGGCCCUCUCCACCUUGGCCUCCAAGGUCGCCGCCAUCAACGGCAAGCACGGCCCGUUCGAUGCCUGUGUCGUUACCGGCGAUCUGUUCAAAGAGGGCAGCGACGGCACUGAGCUCGAUGGCGUUAGCUUGCCCGUCCCGACCUACUUUACUCUCGGCCGCAAUGCUCUCCCUACGGUUGUGGAGGAGCGCAUUGCCGGCGGCAACCCGGAGGUUGCUCCCAACCUCGUCUUCCUCGGCAAGUCGAGCGUCUUCACCACCGCGCAGGGCUUGAAGAUCGCCGUCGUCGGUGGCGUCUACGAUGCUGCAGCCUACGAAGCCGACGAGAGCAAGCCCUACUCGCCCGUGAUCACCAAGAGCUCUAUCGCCUCCAUCCUCUCGCACCCAGUCCUCGCCGGUCCCGAGGCCGACAGCCUGUCAGCCGCCAAGGACCGUCUCCCACCAGCGUUCCACGGUGUGGACGUUAUGAUCACUACCUCGCCCCCGCCUUCCCUCUCCCUCCUGUCGCCUUCCUUCCCCACCCUCGGCGUUGCGCUGGCCACCCCAGCCCCACCUCUCGCUGAAGUGGUCAAGCAUGCUCGUCCUCGUUAUCUCUUCUGGGCGGGCGGCGAGGGAUUCUGGGAGCGUGAGCCGUUUGGAUGGGCGUCGCCUAGCGGCAAGGAGGAGCGCUGGACGCGUGCGGUCAAGCUCGGUGCGCUCGGUGCUGUUUCCCCGGCCAACGGCAAGCCAGCAAGGUGGUUCUACGCAACCAGUCUUCCUGCACAGACUGCCACCACGCCGCUGCCUAGUCGCCCGGCGAACGCGACUCCCAAUCCUCUCACCAUGGCGUCCACUUCGUCGUCAGCCAAACGUGCAUCCGAGGAGGUUCCCGACCAUGUUGCCAAGAAGGACAAGAAGGAGCAUGCCCCUCCUCCUUCGCACUACGUGUGCAAGGUUUGCAAUGUCGCAGGACACUGGAUCCAGGACUGCCCUCAGAGGGCGCAAGGUCCCUCCAAGCCGCCUGCUGGCUACCAGUGCAAGAUCUGUCAAUCCCCCGACCACUUCAUCACCGACUGCCCCGAGCCCCGUCCACCCCGUGAGGCUCGUGAGCCGCGUGCGCCUCCCGCAGGCUAUGUCUGCAAGGCCUGUGGCAAGGCCGACCUUCACUAUAUCCGUGAAUGCCCCCUUGUCAAGGAACGCGAGGAAGAGAAGACCAAGCGCAAGCAGCUGGGUGCGGGUGAAUGCUGGUUCUGCCUGAGUAACCCCAAGGUCACCAAGCACCUCAUUGUUGGGAUCGGGUCUGAGUCCUAUGUCACUUUGCCAAAGGGCCAGCUGAUGCCCACUCGCGGCGAAACCCCCUUGGUGCCAGGAGGCGGCCACGUUCUCAUCAUCCCCAUUGCCCACCACCCCACCCUCCUCUCGAUCCCUGCUACCGACGCUAUGGACAUUAUCUCUGAAAUCGAGGCGUACAAGUCCGCUCUUCGCUCCUGCUACGCCCAGUACGGUGCUGUUCCCGUCGCGUUCGAGGUCGGCCGUCUGGCCGGUCGCGGUGGCCACGCCCAUGUCCAGAUUGUUCCCGUGCCCAAGGAGUCUGCCGACAAGGUCGCCGACGCUUUCAUCAAGGCCGGCGAGGCCAGCGGUCUCGACUGGGAGCCCGAGGCUGAGCGCGCUCUGGCCCGCGUUGGUCCCACUGGCAACUACUUCAAGGUCGAGUGCCCCGAUGGCACCAAGCUCGUUCACUUGCUCAAGGGCAACUUUGACCUGCAGUUUGGCCGAAUGGUCCUGUCUGGCGUGUUGGGCCUGCACCACCGUGUCAACUGGAAGGACUGCGUCCAGUCUGACGCCGAGGACAAGGAGGACGCGCAAAAGUUCAAGAAGGCGCUGGCCCCUUUCCUCCCCAAGUAG